CGGUAAACUUGACCUACCUUGUAAUAAUGUCAGAUAAGAUAGCAAACAUUUGACUUUUUAAAGAGAGUUACAGGUGUACUUGACACGACGCAUAUUUCUAUAUUUUCAUCUGUUGAAUUUUCAUUGGGAAAAGGCACCUGCUUCAAGGACUUAUCGUGUUGGAUAUGAAAUAUAAGGAAAGAAUUGUAACAGCCACGAUUGUAACGUUAUUAGUUUUAUUUACAUUAACAUUAUUUAAAAGAAACGAUAUCUCACUAUACAGUGAACAACGCAAAAGAGAUAUAUGUGAGCCUAAACAUUCUUACAUGACCGCCGACUGGACGGUAGAUUCGAUUUACGAUAAUCUUAAUUUUACUGUCAAUUCUAAAGACGGAUUAUACACAGUGGUUGAAAAGCCAGGUUUUAAUACUGGCCACCAAAUAAAACAUUCGGAACCCCUUAGGAUUAUCGUUGUUCCUCAUUCGCAUAAUGAUCCAGGUUGGUUGUGGACGUUUGAAGAUUACUACACUAUAAGAACACGGCAGAUUCUAACUAACACUAUAGAGGCUCUGAACCGAUUUCCUGAUUUUCGAAUGAUUUGGACAGAGACAGUCUUUCUGGAUAGGUGGUGGAAAGAGUCUCCAGAACCCCUAAGAUUGGCUUUCCGUGAUUUAGUUCGGAAAGGUAAAAUAGAAAUAUUAUCAGGUGGUUGGGUUUCUGUUGACGAAGCUACUACUCACUAUACCGCAGUACUAGAUCAGAUGAUAGAGGGACAUCUGUGGAUCAAAGAACAUUUUGGAAUAUAUCCAAACAUAAGCUGGUCAAUUGACCCUUUCGGCUACUCUUCGACGUUACCAUAUUUGUGGCGGAAAGCCGGUAUGAAAGAUAUGGCAAUUUUGCGAAUUCAUGGAGCUGUCAAAGGAUUUAUGGGUAAUAGAAAGAUGCUUACGUUUAAUUGGCGUCAACCAUGGGACAAACAUGGAGAUCAUGAUAUCAUGUGUCACGUUGAACCUUUCACAUUGUACAACAUUGAAUGUAGCUGCGGUCCGGACACGGAAAUCUGUAAAGUGUUAGAUUUUUCUAGUGUGGGUAGUUUUCCCGAUAAUGAUCAACCAAUAAAUUUUGGUAAAAACAGACAGGCACGAAAUUUUGAAGAUUUUGCAGAAUUGGUAGUUGGACAAUAUAAACAAAAAGCAGCGCUUUACAAGCAUAACGUCAUAUUAAUGCCUCAUGGGGACGACUUCAGAUACAUUGAGAGUUAUGAUUUUCAGACCAAUUACGAAAACAUGAAACGAUUAAUGGAUUAUGUUAAUAAGAAAUCUGAAUGGAAUAUUAAAAUGGAAUUCGGCACAGUCAGUGAUUACUUUGAUAUCCUUCAUGCUGAAAUGAAAAAAGCUAAAUUAAAAGAUGUCAGUUUAACUGGAGAUUUCUUCACAUACACAGAUAAGGAUAACGAGUAUUGGAGCGGGUAUUUUACAACAAGACCUUUUGACAAGCGUAUGAUACGAGAAUUGCAAGAAUAUCUGAGAGCAACGGAAACAUUUAUGUCACUGAUUUAUGUGUACUUAUUACAACAUACAGAUUCGAUGCCGCUUGACUUAGACAGUGAUUGGGAAGCUAUACAGUUAGCUCGGCGAACGCAUAGCUUAGUACAACAUCACGAUGCAAUAACCGGAACAUCGACCGAAGGGACGGUUAUUGACUUCGAAAUUAAAAUAUACGAAGCGAUAAAUUCAUUGAUAGAAAUUAUUCAAAAACGUUUGACUAAUAUCUUGUCGCCAGGAACACGUACUAACGUAGCCGAUCUCAAACUCACGCGAGAGUUACCAUCUCCAAAAAGUAAUCUGGAAGUUAAAACUAUAUCCAGUACGUCUGACACUAGUUCACUAGUUAUAUUAAACUCGUAUUCAAUACCAAGGACAGAAGUAAUAAGCGUUUAUAUUGACACGUAUGAUGUUGAAGUGUUUGACAGUAAAAAUAAAGUUGUUCCGUACCAAGUAAGUCCUGUUUGGUUAAAUCAUUAUACCAUAUCUCAACAUGAGUAUCAAAUCAUAUUUGAAGUAAAUGUUGCAGCAAUCGGGUUUUCUGUAUAUAAGAUUCGUAGAAGGAGUCUGGUUAUCAACCGUGUGGUCAAGCCUAAUAAAAAAGACAAAUCAGUGUUUUCUAAUGUCAUCAGUGUGAAAGGAAAAAUAGAUGAUAAAUAUAGGUUAUUUUCCAUAAACAAGGAUGAAGAAAAUUCGAAAGUGGAUUUGAUUGUAGAAAAUAAUUUCUUGAAAUUAUCUUUUAUAAAAGCAACCGGUGCUUUACAUGAAAUGUGUUUGAAGACUUCGACAAAAUAUUGCACGAAAAUUGCUGUUGACUUUUUCCGUUAUUUUGGAAACAACAGCAAUGCUUACUGCUUCAAUUCAAAUAAAUUGGAAGAGGAUUUAUUUUUAAAUACCGAUUCAGUGACGCUUAUAACAGGAAGAUUUAUGUCUCAGGUAAAAGUUCACCAUAAGUUGUUUUCACAUAGCGUGACCCUUUAUCAUAGCAACAGUAUUCAAGGUCAAACUGUCCACAUAGAAAACAAUGCAACAUUGCUGACACCAGAAGAAGAAAAUACCGAAUUAAUGAUGCGAAUAUCAACCAACAUUAAAAAUAAAGAUAUAUAUUUUACAGAUUCUAACGGCUUUCAAAUGAAUCGACGAAAAACGCGAAAGAAUUUACCAAUAGGUGCCAAUUUUUACCCAUUUACAACAAUGGCAGUUGUUGAAGAUACCGAUACACGGUUAUCGCUACAUACAGCCCAACCGCUUGGUGUUGCAAGUUUUACUCCUGGUUCAUUAGAGGUUAUGCUUGAUAGGGUACCUAUGUCGUUUGGUAAAGGGUUGGAUGAACCUGUGACGGACAAUAAACCUGCUAUAAGUAAAUUCAUAUUACACCUAGAACAGCUUCGUGAUCACCACAUCACAACGGAUUAUAGACAGUACCAAAUGCAACCAUCCAUGACCAGCUACAUCAUAAACGAUUUGCUGCAGAACCCAGUUAUAUCUUUGUAUUCUUUCACAUCUGUUAAUUUUAAAGUCAAAGAAUUGUCAUUUCUGAAUUCCGAUAAGCUACCUUGCGAUAUUUCAAUUGCUAACUUCCGGUCUUUAUUGACUGAGUCAGGAAAAUUCAUUGGAACUGGAUUAACAUUACACAAACGUGUUACCUCUUGUAACGUUCAUCAAAACGAGAAUAUAUGUUCGGGGACGCAUGAACUUGAUCUCAAUUCAUUAUUUAAAGAUUUAACUUUAGAAAAAGUAAGUCAAAUGUCUCUAUCACAUUUACAUGAAGUGAGAAACGAAAUAAGUAGGGUAGUCAUUAAACCCAUGGAGCUAGAAUCAUUUCAAUUCAGAUGGAAAACGUAACAUGAUCAAUGUAAGAGAUCAGAUCAUUCUUUUAUUCAGUUGAUGAUGAUGAAACAGCCCCGCGUUCGCUUUUCACAGACAAACAAUAAUAUGAAAGCCUGAAGAAGAAGAGAGUAUUAUUAAGGACAUCUUCUGUCUGUAAAUAGAAGUCAGAAACCGUAUUAAUAAAAGAUCAAAACAUGAAAAUUUAUGCUCCUAACGCCAUAAAAAUGAAGAUAAAUGUGAAUGACAAUCAAGGCACAAAAUAAGUCUUAUAUCUGCAGUUACCUUAUCAAUUUCUAUAUAUACCAAAAGUUUGAAAAGUGUGUGCCAUGACAACGAAUAUUUGCUAAGGACAAUGUUUGUAUGUUUUUGUUAUAUACCGACUUUGUCGGCGCUAAAGGAGAACGUGGUCAAAUCUCUUUAUGAUUCUCGGCUGCAUUAUAUUUGUUAAGCAAGUAAUCAUUUAUAGGAAUAAACAUGCAAUGAAUAUAGAACUGGUCAAUAGACGAAUUCAACUUUUAUAUACAUACUGUUUACUGUACCAGAAGUAGACCAAGUCGAUACAUGUACAAGAUAUAAAGGGGAGAUAUGAUAAGAGGCUUUUGACAGGUGUUGCUAUCGAUUAGUAAAUAAACGCUGCAUUAAAUUAUUUGUGAUCAAAUAACGCUUUGAAAUAAAUAGCAAAAUUUAUAGUUUCUAGUGCAAUACGUAUUUCAUUAACCCCAUACCAUUACAUUUUCUAAUAUUCAAAACACUCGAGUGGACAAAUGUCGUAUAAGGGUGUGGAUGUAGAAUUACAGAAUAGAGAAAAUGGACAAAAAAUAUUAACAAUGGAGAAAGACUGACAUAAGAAAAGAAAAUAGAGACUAAUAAAAUUCUAGAAUAUAACGAAUGUAGAAUAACGGGUCAAAGCAUAUUUUUUUUUUUAAAAAUGGCCCAAACAUGGAUUUAUAUAGAAAUGAAUGACCCGGCAUCACAAAGGCGGCCAUUUGUGUAUCAUUUUAGUUG